UUACCCUCCUCCGCCAGAGCCAGCGUGGGAGGAAGAUAAAGAACGGCUUGGAACUGGGAGCAUGUCAAGCAGCUUCGUCAUGGCUGCAAAGGGAGGGUCCAAGCAAGGUGAAUCAGAUGUAGCCCCGUCUGCGAGUUCUGCUAAGAAGAAGCGAAAGCCUGGUCAGGAUAUCGGCGAGGACUUUGACAUGGACGACCUGCUUCCGUUGCCUGAAGCGUCGAGCAUGACUUUCAAACUGGAUGACAACAGUGUGUACCAGGUUUAUGAAACCAAAGCCGCCUGUGACCUGAACCAGCCUGUCAUUCAGAUCCCUUCCAUCCGUGAUUUCUACAUGGAUCUGGACGGCGUGCUUGAUGUGUCUACGGAUGGCCCUGUCAAGUCAUUCGCCUUCAAGCGCUUAUCUUACUUGGAGGGUAAGUUCCAGCUCCAUACGCUGCUGAACGAGUACCAGGAACUCGCGGACAGUAAGAAAGUACCGCACCGAGACUUCUACAACGUCCGCAAGGUUGAUACCCACGUGCAUCAUUCGGCAUGUAUGAACCAGAAACAUUUGCUCAGGUUCAUCAAGAGUAAGAUGAAGAAGUGCCCGGACGAGGUGGUGCUUUUCAGAGAUGGAAAGCACUUGACCUUGAAGGAGGUCUUUGAGAGCAUCAAUCUUACAGCCUAUGAUUUGAGUAUUGAUACUCUGGACAUGCAUGUAUGUUCAGGCGAAUUUCAAACUUGACGUCUCCUCUUUUGCUAACAUAGCCAGGCACACACGGAUUCGUUCCACCGGUUUGACAAAUUCAAUCUCAAAUACAACCCUAUUGGAGAGUCCCGCCUCCGAGAAAUAUUCCUCAAGACGGAUAAUUAUAUCAAGGGGAGAUAUUUGGCCGAAAUCACUAAGGAGGUAAUUUCUGACCUCGAGUCGAGUAAAUACCAGAUGGCAGAAUGGCGAAUCUCCAUCUACGGUCACUCCCUGGGAGAAUGGGACAAAAUGGCGGCCUGGGCUGUCGAUAACAAGCUCUUCUCUCCCAACGUCCGCUGGCUAAUCCAGGUGCCUCGGCUCUAUGACGUGUUCAAGUCGAGCGGUAAGGUAGGGAAUUUUGAAGACAUUGUUCGCAAUGUCUUCCAACCCUUAUUCGAAGUCACGCAGAAUCCGAACAGCCAUCCGAAGCUGCACAUCUUCCUGCAGCGUGUGGUUGGUUUUGACAGCGUUGACGACGAGAGCAAGGCCGAGAGAAGACUGUACCGCAAGUUCCCCGUUCCUAAGCAAUGGGAUACUAAACAGAACCCGCCUUAUAGCUACUGGAUCUACUUCAUGUUUGCAAACAUGGCAUCACUCAAUACAUGGAGAAAACAACGCGGAUUCAACACGUUUGUGCUCCGUCCGCACUGUGGAGAAGCUGGAGACCCCGACCAUCUUGCCUCAGCCUUCCUGUGCUGCCAGGGCAUCUCACAUGGAAUCUUGCUCCGUAAAGUGCCGCUGCUGCAGUACCUGUUCUAUCUCGACCAGAUUCCGAUUGCCAUGUCACCCUUGAGCAACAACGCACUGUUUCUGAGCUAUGAUAAGAACCCGUGCGCUAAUUACUUCCGCAAGGGCCUGAAUAUCUCGCUCUCCACUGACGAUCCGCUCCAGUUCGCCUUCACCAAGGAACCGCUGAUCGAAGAAUAUUCCGUUGCCGCACAGAUCUACAAGCUUAGUGCUGUUGACAUGUGUGAGCUGGCCAAACACAGUGUAGACCAGAGCGGGUUCGAGCUGGCGCUGAAGCAGCGCUGGCUGGGGAGUAAAUGCCAUCUACCCGGGCUGGAGGGGAACAACAUGGCGAAGAGUAACGUGCCGGACUUACGAGAGGCGUUUAGAUAUGAGACGCUGACCGGAGAACUAUCGCUGCUCGACCGCUAUGCAUCCGCCACACCGAACAACACCCACACCCCAAAGACACUAACCAAGGUUCCUUCAUUCUCCUAUCUGAAAAACAACAACAAUAAUAAUAAUGAGGCCCCGUCCUCCAGCGCUGCCCCAGACCCCAGUAGCGGUGCUCCAGAACAUGGAAGUACGACGCCCGCAGUGGCUGCUAACACGCCUGGGCGCCAUCCGUCGCACUCAGAUGUAGAGUCGCACGCGCACUCGAGCAAGCCCCAGACCGCCAGUGGCACGCCACAGGAGCACGGCUUUAGCUCGAUGCCAGCGCAGGCGAUAUUCCCGGGAAUAGUGCAUGCACGCGCUCGCAAGGAUAGCACCUUUUCACGGACUUCCGAGGAUGGAGCGGCUUCGGAGGACGCACAUGAGCGGUCUUCGGCGCAGGGAGGACACAUCUGGCGCUCAGAGGACAUGGACAGCGACGACGACUGAAGCCUGACGAGGACCUCCUCUGCCCUGGCCUGCUAUUCAACUGUGCACUUCUAUAUAUAUUUCUUCACCUCCUGGCUGUCCCUUUCGUACUAUAAAAUGUCCUGCUCGAGUCUUUUUUAUAUAUGCGAAAUGUGAUCUUACAUAAUCAUAGAUAAGAAGGUCGAUCGAUAAGCC